AUGACCAAAUUAAUCGCCGUCGUUGGAGUCACUGGAAACCAGGGUGGUUCGGUCGCUCGUGUGUUCCAGAAUGAGCCCGGAUGGAAAGUUCGUGGCAUCACUCGGGACCCAUCCAAGCCAUCCGCUACAAAGUGGUCAUCUGACAACGUUGAAAUCAUAGCGGGCGAUCUCGAUGACCUGGAGUCACUAAAGAAAGGGUUCGAAGGUGCAAACGUCAUUUUCGGCACGACUGACUUUUGGGCUCAUCUGAACGCCCCGGCAACGCACCAGGUUGCGGCCGAGCAGAAGCGCACAGCCAAUGAGGUAGCGUUCGACCGAGAGGUUCAGCAAAUGAAAGCUAUCAUCGACGCAGCAGCGGCUCAUGUUGGCACUUUGGAUCGCCUCGUGUUGUCCACGCUGUCUUCAGCGAGAAAAUGGAGCAAUGGUAGUAUCAAAUGGAACUAUCACUUCGAUGCGAAGGCCGAAGCUGAGAACUAUCUGAAAGACACGUAUCCGGAGCUGUGGGCCAAGACGAGCCUGCUGCACCUGGGCUACUAUGCAAGCAACUGGAAGAACUUUAGUGGGAAACCAGAAAAGCAAGAAGACGGUACCUUCGUUGUUAGUCUUCCCAUUAGCGGAGACAAGAAGAUUCCCAUGGUCGAUCCGGUUGCAGAUACUGGCAAUUUCACGAAGGCACUCGUUGAGUUGUCACCAGGUAAACUCAUCAGUGGCGCUGGAUCGUAUAUCUCGUUCGAUGAGUGGUGCGACACUUUUGGGAAGGUAAACAACGUGAAAUGCGUGUUCAAGAAAAUGCCUCGGGAUGCAAUGGAAGCUGCGAUGGGGCCUGUGUACGGGCCUGAAAUUGCUGACAUGUACGAGUACUUCGACAAGUUUGGUUUUGAAGGAGGCAAUCCUGAUGUCGUGUUUCCGUGGGAUUUGGGCAUCGACGUGAAGUACACUUCCAUGGAGGAGUACUUGAAGGGUGAGGAUUGUAGUUCGGUUUUGUAAGUGAUCGAGAGAGAGCAUCAUCAG